AUCCCAAGAACGCCAUUACUGGAAAACAGAGAGGGAGAGAGAAUCUGAAGUUGACACCAGGUACAGAUGAUGAAGUAACAGAGUACACAUACUGUCAUGUAUAACCACAGCCGAUACGACAGCCCACCAGUCUACAGCCCACCCACCACCUAUUUUCAGCAAAAAAGCCAUGGCCCUGGAUCUUAUGCUUACCAUGUCCAAUCACCCCAUCCUGACUCCUUCUACGCAGAAGACAUCCCCCCACAGAGAUUUUACAAAUGGAACUCUCCCCCUGGGGUAGUCCGUAUUCUCCAGGCCAUUGUCAUUUUCCUGUGUGUGGCAAUCUUUGCUUGUGUGGCAUCCACCUUAGCCUGGGAAUACAACUAUGGUGGUUUAUAUGGUGGAGGUAUGUUGGGCGGCUAUGGUGGCUACGGUGGCUACGGUGGCUAUGGUGGCUAUGGUGGCUACGGUUAUGGCUAUGGCAUGACAAAUCCUCAAGCCGCAAGUGGAUUUAUGAUGGCUAUGUGUGUGCUUACCUUUGUGGCUACUCUUGGCCUCUUCAUUAUGAGUGUAUCUAAAUCCAGUGGGUCCCGUUCUCGGAAGUUUUUCAUGGCUGUCCUAGUGAUGAGUGCAAUUCUAGCCACUUUGGAACUCAUUGCUACCAUUGUGUAUGUGGUUGGGGUGAACCCAAGGUCCCAAAUGGGUGGCAGCUAUUACAAUAGCCAGAUCAUGAUGCUUUGUAAUCAGAUCUACUCUCCUGUGUCUGGGGGAGCAGGCUUUGUCAAUCAGUAUCUGUACCACUACUGCAUGGUGGAUCCACAAGAGGCCAUUGCCAUAGUAUGUGGUUUUGCCAUAGUUAUCCUGCUAUGUGUCACAUCUUUCUUUGCUCAGAGGACGAGACGUAAGAUCUGGCGCUAUGGAGAGCCAAACAUUUAUUGGGAAAAACCUACUGCUGCAUUGCAAGAGGGACCCAAUGUGGAAGAGUGGGUCAAAAAUGUCCCUAGUGGUAUGCUUGAUGAUGCAGCCACACUAAUUUACUCAGAGAAGCCACAGAGUCCAGUCCCGGCUCUCAGCAACAACAGCAUUUACAAACCUCCACAAGAAGAUGUCAGCGAACGAGUACAGACAGCCAUCAACAAUAGCCCUCCUGUCUCUGUAAGUGAGCGCCAGGAGCAGAGCAGGGGAAGAGCUCCAGUCCGCAGAGGCCGGAGAUGGAGGAAGAAUCCAGAACUUGAUGAAUCUCAGUAUGAGACAGAUUAUACCACAGCUGUAGAAUCUGGUGAUGAAGAUGAAGAGGAGUGGGAUAGUCUGUAUCCCCCAAUCAAUUGCGAUACACAGCGCCAGGAGUAUAAAAAAGAGUUUGACUCCGACUUGCGACGAUACAAACAGAUGUGCGCUGAGAUGGAUGAUAUCAACAACCAGCUGCAACAGCUUGGCAAACAACUUGAUGGAUUGAAUGAGGGCAGCAUACAGUACCAGGGCGUUGCUGAGGAGUACAACAGACUGAAGGACCUCAAGCGAACACCUGAUUACCAAACCAAGAAGACUCAAACCAAACAACUCAGGAACAAACUAUUUCAUAUCAAGAAAAUGGUGAACAAUUAUGACAAGUCAAGGGGUUGAGGUGUUCUAUAGUGACAAUACUCCUGACUGCCACAAUAGGCAAACAAUAGGACAUUUUAAAGAACAUGUGAAAAAAAAGCUAUACAUUAAUUUUACCAAAUUGGUCCAAAACUGAGGUGUUUAACAUUUAUAAUUACUCUACAGCUGUUGCACUGCACAUACUAUUUGUGUUAAUGACAGCUUCUACAACUAGGUGAUCAUUCCACUUUUCUUGACAUUUUCUAAACAUUUUCUAUCUUUUCAAGUAAAAAGAUCACCCUACCAUACACAGAAGGUCUGCACUAGAUUUUUCUGAUAACCUACAGCCAGCAGGUAUAGCAACAGACAUUAGGACAUGGCCUAUCUGUGUCCCAGCACAUCACAAUUAAUUGCAGUCAGGAUGCCAUCCGACAUAUCUAAAAUAUCUAAGGCAUUUUUUCAAUGUUGUGUAAAUUUUGUGAUCAAGAAUAAUCAGCAGUGUGUUUAGUAUAGUUACAAUCGUUUAAAUUGUAUUUUUGUAUACAGACACUAAUACAAAUGUGAAUAAUCAUGACAAUUAUAUGUGGAAGAUACAUUAUUCCACAGCAACUGUGGUAAGAAAAAAUACAUUUAUUUUAGCACAGAAAGGGCA